CAGGUGCCUUCUCUCCUCUGAAAACGUCUUGUGAGCUAGACACAUUUGGCUCCUCUGAUCAUUUGCUGGCGCUGACCAUUCUUCAUCUAUUGCACUGACUCGUAGCUGAUCCAUCCAAGAAAGAAGAACCACCGAUGAGGUUGGCAGCCAUCGGCUGAAGACAAGUUCUACUCGACUGCAGGUAACUAAGCUUAAAUUUCUCUGCCUGCUUGUUCCAGGAACAAACCGGAGAAGAAAAAGCCAAGUUAUCAAUCUUCGGCAGCGAAGACGACGGCCCUUCUCCCAUUGGUUGAACCGUGGAUCCGAUCACGUCAGAUGCCCCGCGCAGCGACGUCUUGGUGGGACGCAUUCGAACACCCCACACGUGCGCUACUCGGAUAUUGGAGAUCUUCGGCAUCUACCUCGGAAUCUUGGUUUCGAGUUCCUCGCUUCGUGUUCGAACAUGUCAACGGUGGGCUGUCAUAACUGCUUCUCUUCUGCUGCUGUCGUGCCACUCUGACCGAUCCUGAAGCUGGUGUCGUGUUCUUGGGACCGAGCAAGAUGGCCUUGAAGGUGCUCACCGCGCUGGAUCACGCGAGGACGCAGUACUACCACUUCAAGGCCAUCAUUAUCGCCGGCAUGGGGCUGUUCACCGAUUCCUACGACCUCUUCUGCAUCGCCCCCGUGAUGAAGCUGAUCGGCCGGAUCUACUACGGCGACGCGCAGGCAGACAAGCCCGGCGUGACGCCGCCGGCGGUGGCCUCUGCGAUGGUCGCGGUGGCGCUGGCGGGCACCGUCAUCGGUCAGCUCGUCUUCGGCUUCCUCGGCGACCGCAUCGGCCGGCGGCGCAUGUACGGCCUUUCGCUGCUCCUGAUGGUGGCCAGCUCCUUCGCCAGCGGAUUCUCCAUCUGCCGCACCCGCGGCUGCGUGCUGACCAGCCUCUGCCUCUUCCGCUUCCUGCUGGGCAUCGGCAUCGGGGGCGACUACCCACUGUCGGCCACCAUCAUGUCGGAGUUCGCCAACAAGCGGACGAGGGGUUCGUUCAUCGCCGCCGUGUUCUCGAUGCAGGGGUUCGGGAUCCUCGCGAGCUCUGCGGUGACCAUGGCGAUAACGGCGGCGUUCAACAGGGCGACGGAGAGGGGCGACGCCGGGCCGCUGCAGACGCCGGAGUCGGCCGACUUGGCGUGGCGGAUCAUACUGAUGGUGGGCGCCAUUCCGGCAGGGUUGACGUUCUACUGGAGGAUAGCGAUGCCAGAGACGGCCAGAUUCACAGCACUGGUAGAACAGAACGUGAUGAAGGCGACCGCCGACAUGGGGAAGGUGUUGGGGGGCUUGGACGUGCACAACUUCGCGGAAGACGCCGAAGCCCUGCGCAGGUCACCCCAGCCUCGUCCUCCCUCCUACGGCCUCCUCUCGCGGCAGUUCCUGCGCCGGCACGGCUGGAACCUCUUCGCCUGCGCCAUGGCGUGGUUCCUCGUCGACAUCCCCUACUACAGCAGCACCCUCUUCCAGUCCCAGAUCUACCAGCCCUUCUUCCCCCGCCCCGAACACGUGAACGCCUACCAGGACGCCUACAACGUGGCCAAGUUCCAGGCCAUCAUCGCCGCGGCCUCCACCAUCCCCGGCUACUUCGCCACCGUCUACUUCAUCGAACGCGUCGGCAGGCGCAGGAUUCAGAUGAUGGGGUUCUUCUUCAUGGGCCUCUUCCUCUUCGCCUUGGCAGGCCCCUACGACAAUUACUGGAACCACCACACCAACGCCGGCUACAUCGUCCUCUACGCCCUGACCUUCUUCUUCUCAAACUUCGGACCCAACACCACGACCUUCAUCGUGCCCGCCGAGCUGUUCCCGACGCGGUUCCGCUCCACGUGCCACGGCAUCUCCGGGGCCGCCGGCAAGGUGGGCGCCAUCAUCGGAGCAAUCGGAUUCCUCUGGGCCUCUCAGGCGAGGAACAAAGAGGACGUGGCCAGCGGGUGGAAGCCGGGAAUUGGAAUGAUGAACGCCUUAAUAAUCUUGGCUGGUGUUUGCAUGAUAGGAGCAGUACACACCUAUCUCUUCACGCCGGAAACGAAGAUGAGGUCUUUGGAGGAGAACGAGGGAGGGGGAAGCCAAGAUGGAGACAGCCAUGAGGACGUCGAUGGAGAGGAGAACAAGUACAGUACACCAAGCCCUCUCAGUGUUCAACCUCUAGUCGGGCAAUCUCCAUUGCAGUCUCCUGGAUAGUUACUGUGUAUCAGAUUAAGAAUGUCAUUUCCACACAUCGAGAUCAAAGAAUUGGGUCAUUUAUAGGAUCUGUGGCAUAGGAGACAGUUUUAUGUUCCUUUUUAUAUUGAAGACAACACUAGAGAACCUGUUUACUAAACAACAAUAAAAAUAAACUUAAUGUAUUGCCAUCAUGCUUGGCAUCA